GAGGAAGAGGCGGAGGCAGCGGCGGCGGCGAGGAGGCGGAGGGUUCGCUCGCCUGUUCCGACGCAGACAUGGUGGACUGAUCCCCAGCGGGGCCGAGAGCAGGGUUUCCUGAGGCGCCCCCCGCGCGUGGCCCCGCCGCGCCCGCGCCCCGCAGCCCCUCGCCGGCGGCCGCGUCGGGUGCGGCGGCCGCGCGGACAGUCGCAUUCCCGCCGCGUCCCGCGCCCGGUCCCUAUGGAGGCGCCGCUCGCCGGCGAGGCCGCCGACCAUGCCUAGGAGGGCCGGGAGCGGGCAGCUGCCGCUACCCCGGGGCUGGGAGGAGGCCAGGGAUUACGACGGCAAGGUCUUCUACAUUGACCACAACACCCGGAGGACCAGCUGGAUCGACCCCCGGGACAGAUUAACGAAGCCCUUGUCAUUUGCUGAUUGUGUUGGGGAUGAGCUGCCGUGGGGAUGGGAAGCAGGAUUUGACCCUCAGAUUGGUGUCUACUACAUCGACCACAUCAACAAAACCACACAGAUAGAAGAUCCAAGAAAACAAUGGCGAGGGGAGCAGGAAAAAAUGCUCAAGGACUAUCUCUCAGUGGCUCAGGAUGCACUCAGAACACAGAAGGAGCUGUACCACGUGAAAGAGCAAAGACUGGCUUUGGCCCUUGAUGAAUAUGUGCGAUUAAAUGAUGCCUAUAAAGAAAAGUCAAGUUCUCACACAAGCCUAUUCUCAGGCUCUUCAUCCAGUACUAAAUACGAUCCUGAUAUUUUAAAAGCUGAGAUCUCCACUACACGAUUAAGGGUUAAAAAGCUGAAGAGAGAACUCUCACAGAUGAAGCAAGAAUUGCUCUAUAAAGAACAAGGCUUUGAAACAUUGCAACAAAUUGAUAAGAAAAUGUCUGGAGGCCAGAGUGGGUAUGAACUUAGUGAAGCAAAAGCCAUUCUAACUGAACUGAAAUCUAUCAGAAAGGCAAUUAGCUCAGGAGAAAAAGAAAAACAAGAUCUCAUGCAGAGUCUUGCUAAGCUUCAGGAACGGUUUCAUUUGGAUCAGAACAUUGGCAGAUCUGAGCCCGAUUUGAGAUCCAGUCCUGUGCAUUCUCAUUUAUCUCUCUCCAGACAGACCCUUGAUGCUGGGUCCCAAACAAGCAUUUCUGGAGAUAUUGGAGUAAGAAGUAGAUCAAAUUUAGCUGAAAAGGUCAGGCUAAGCCUACAGUAUGAAGAAGCCAAAAGAAGUAUGGCCAACUUAAAAAUUGAACUGUCAAAGCUGGACAGUGAGGCCUGGCCUGGGGCGCUAGACAUUGAGAAGGAGAAGCUGAUGCUAAUUAAUGAAAAGGAAGAACUUUUGAAAGAGCUGCAGUUCAUCACUCCUCAGAAGCGCACCCAGGAUGAAUUGGAACGUCUGGAAGCCGAAAGGCAGCGGCUGGAGGAAGAGCUGCUCUCUGUGCGGGGUGCACCCAGCCGGGCUCUGGCUGAGAGAUUGAAGUUGGAAGAGAGAAGAAAAGAGCUACUACAGAAACUUGAAGAAACUACUAAAUUAACUACUUAUUUGCAUUCACAGCUUAAAAGCCUCUCGGCCAGCACAUUGUCCAUGUCGUCUGGGAGCAGCCUGGGUUCUCUGGCAUCCAGUCGGGGCUCUCUGAACACCUCCAGUAGAGGGUCACUCAGCUCCCUCAGUUCCAGUGAGCUCUAUUACAGCAGUCAGGGUGAUCAGAUAGAUGUGGAUUAUCAGCAUAAAUUGGACUUCCUUCUGCAAGAGAAGAGUGGCUAUACUCCUUCUGGACCUAUCACCACCAUCCAUGAAAAUGAGGUGGUCAAGUCCCCUAGUCAGCCUGGCCAGAGUGGACUCUGUGGGAUGGCAGCCACAGCAACGGGCCACAUACCCGCUCUGAGCGAAGCCCCCAAGUCUGUAACAUCCCUAUCCUCAAGGUCCUCCCUUUCCUCCUUGUCCCCUCCUGGCUCUCCUUUGGUCUUGGAAGGCACAUUUCCCAUGUCUUCUCAUGAGGCCUCUCUCCACCAGUUCACUGCUGACUUCGAAGACUGUGAAUUGAAUAGCCAUUUUGCAGACAUUGGCCUUGAUGGGAAUCAGAUCUUGCUGGAGUCAGAUUCGGGAGGGGCCUCUCAGUCCCUCCUAGAAGAUAAAGACCUUAACGAAUGUGCCAGGGAGCCAUUCUAUGAAGGGACAGUUGAUGUAGAAAAAUCAUUACCAAAAAGAAGAGUGAUCCACUUGCCUGGGGAAAAAACUGCUUGUGUGUCGGCAGCUGUAUCUGAUGAGUCUGUGGCUGGAGACAGCGGGGUCUAUGAAGCCUCCAUGAAACAGCCUAGUGAAAUCGAAGAUGUUCCCUAUAGCGAAGAGGAUGGUGCCAUUGUGGAGACUGCCCAGGUGCAGAUAGGACUCAGAUACAAUGCAAAAAGUUCAAGUUUCAUGGUGAUUAUAGCACAACUCCGAAAUCUUCAUGCCUUCUUGAUACCUCAUACUUCAAAAGUGUAUUUUAGGGUUGCUGUACUUCCCUCUUCAAUGGAUGUCAGCUGUCUAUUCCGGACAAAGGUCCACCCCCCCACAGAAUCUGUGUUGUUCAAUGACGUAUUUAGAGUGGCCAUUUCCCAAACAGCCUUGCAGCAGAAGACUCUGCGAGUUGAUCUUUGCUCUGUCAGUAAACACCGCAGGGAAGAAUGCCUGGCUGGCACUCAGAUCAGCCUAGCAGAUUUGCCAUUUUCCAAUGAGAUUUUCACCCUGUGGUAUAAUUUGCUUCCUUCUAAGCAAAUGCCUUGCAAAAAGAACGAAGAUGAAAGCGACGACUCUGUAUUUCAGUCAAACCAGCCAGUAGUAGAUUCUAUAGACUUGGAUGCAGUGUCAGCCUUACUUGCGAGAACAUCAGCUGAACUGUUGGCUGUGGAACAAGAAUUAGCACAAGAAAAAGUGGAACCAGGCCCAGAAGAGCAGCAGGGUCCAGAAGGAGAUUGGUUAACAAUGCUAAGAGAGGCCUCUGAUGAGAUUGUGGCUGAAAAAGAGACUGACGUUAAAUUGGUAGAGGGCAACAGCUGUACAGAAGACUUAAGUUCAUGUUCCAAUGUGCCUGACACGAGUGAAGAUGGGUGUCAGAAAGAAAAUGAGUGUGCCAAAGACUGUGGAAGCCAGCCACCUACUGGAAUUCCCACCCUG